CAGGCCAGACAGGUCCUCUAAUAGCGACGGAUACCAGAACUGGAAUAUCAUAAAAAGAGAUACGGUAUAAAGAGGAGUUCAAUCUCCAUCGAUCCCUGUAAGCGCUGUUAUUCAUCGGAAAUAUUACCUUCUAUCUGAUCUCAGCCAGGCUUACUUACGCGAAACAGGAUCUAACAGGCACGAGGGGAGUGGCGCAGAGAAACCCUUCCAUACUCGAUGACAUUACAUCGCGAUGUCAGAUCGUUUGGGGCAAAUAAACAAGACAAAGGAUGGGAAAGGCAGGUACUCCUCCCUCAGCCUGUUUGACAAGUACAGAGGAAAGACAGUAGAAACCCAGAAAAGUGCAGUUGUUACCCGUCAUGGCCUGCAGAGUCUCGGUAAAGUGGCCACAGCCCGGCGUAUCCCCCCCCCAGCUCACCUGCCAAGCCUGAAGUCCGAGAACAAAGGAAACGAUCCCAACGUCAUUAUCGUGCCCAAAGACGGAACAGGAUGGGCAAACAAGCAGGAGCAGCCGGACCAAAAGAGUUCCAUUGUGUCGAGCGCACCGCUGCUGGAGUUGCAGCUGCAGCCGGCUUUGCAGAAGUCUGUCUCCAAUCUGCAGAAACCAACCCCACUCAUCAGCCAGGAGAGUGCCGCAGUAAGCGGGCCAAAACAAUGGGCUCGGCUGAAUGGGCAGCCAGGAGAACUGGACGGUCUCAAGGCCUCAAACAGGCUGCAGCCUUUCUCACACGAGGAGUUUCCAACGCUGAAGGCUGCAGGGGAGCAGGACAAGGCUGGCAGGGACAGAAGCGGCUUCGAUCCGUCGUAUGGGCCCGGACCAAGCCUCCGCCCCCAGAAUGUGUCGAGCUGGAGGGAGGGGGGUGGGCGGAACCUGCAGCCCAUGGGGGAGGCUGAGGGCACGAGCUCGGGGCAGGGUGAGAACGGGACCCCUGCUGCAGCCUCCACCCCCUCUGUCCCCACCCCCUCUGUCCCCGCCCCCUCCUCCUCUUCCUCCUCCCCCCCUGCGGUCACUGCAGCCGCUCCUCCAGCUCCAGACACCAAGGACUCCGCCCUCCGCCCCGCCCUGCCCCUCCGCAGGGGCGUGGCCAUCGUGCCGCAGUUCCUCGGCCAGCCACACCACGCCACGCCCGUCUACCACGACAUGCUGCCCGCCUUCAUGUGCCCGAAAGAGCCGCAGGGCGCCCCCUCGUCGGAGCGUGGCCCCGCUGUGGUGGCUCCGGUCCGUUUCGAGGCCCGGCCCGUCAGGCAGGAGCCGCCGAGAGACACUCGCUUCGCCCCCGCAGCACCCCGCCCCUCACCCCGCCCCAUCCGUCGCCCUGGCGACCGCGCCCCCCGACCCGCCAUCAUCAACCCCGAGGAUCUGAAGGACCUGGACGACCUGGACCACGACUGUGAGGACGGCUGGGCAGGCCUGCAUGAGGAGGUGGAUUACAGUGAGAAACUCAAGUUCAGUGAUGAUGAGGACGACCACCCCUCCUCCGCAGGCAAAAAUAAGUGGGUUGAUUGGGCGCCGCAGCGGGAGCGGCAGCCGUCUGUCAGCUCGGGGGAGGGGCCGUAUGGCCGGGAGUCUCCGGAGGUGGAGCCCCCUUCCUCCCGGAGGACCAACGGCUGGUGCCCCCCUGCCGAGACGCAGGUGCAGCCGAAAGCGGGGGUGGCGGGCGGCGUGGGCGUGGCCCGGCGCCGGGAGUCGGUGGAGGAGCGGGAGGACCAGCGGCAGGCCCCGCGGGGGCGGCUGGGCUCGUGGGAGGUGUCGGAGGCGGUGGAGCGCGCUCGGAGGCGCCGUGAGGAGGAGGAGAGGCGUGCCCGUGAGGAACGGCUGGCCGCCUGCGCCGAGAAGCUCAAGAAGCUGGACGAGAAAUUCGGCAAGGGCGAGAGACCCGCCCGCCCCGACAGCAAGGAGCCGCCCCUCUCGCCGGGACAGAACCCCUCCCGGCCCGGCUCCGAGGGGUGGCAGCAGGGAGCCAAAGAGGUUUGUGGCGGGGCGCCGGAUCAGUACCCCGGCCCGGAAUACAGCGAGGGUGAGGCGGCUGGCGCGGGUUACCGCGGGAGCGGCGGGGCCGAGGGCACGCCCCCGUCCCCAGAGUACGGAAAGUUCCAGAAGCCUCUGCCUCCCCGCUUCCAGAAGCAGCAGCAGCAGGAUCAGCUGUAUAAGAUGCCUCAGUGGCAGCACCCCGCCCACCCCCAGCGGGGGUACUACCCUCCCCAGAUGCUGGGCUUCGACCCCCGCUGGAUGAUGAUGCCGCCCUACAUGGACCCCCGCCUGACCCAGGGGCGCCCCCCUGUGGACUACUACCCCUCGGCAAUGCACUCUGCAGGACUGAUGAAGCUGGAUAACCCGAACAGCCCCGACUCCGCCUCGGAUGAGGGCUGCCAUCCCAGCAUGCACCAGGAGAGGAGGGCUCCUUCCACAGAGCCCUACCCCCUGUGGGAGCAGGAGGGGGGCUACCCCCAGGGACAGGGGCGCAGCUUCACCCCGCCCUACCAGAGGCAGGAGGAGGGCAGAGACAGCGGCCGCUCCGACAGCAGGGGUGAGAGGCCACGCUCCCAGGACUCAUAUGAGGAGAGAGAGGAGGAGGAGUACAGAGACGCCAAAUCCCCCCCUCCCCAGGGCUAUCAUGUGAGGAAUCUCAAUGGGUCUCCUCCCCAAAACAGGGAGUCCCCCGACAGCGCUCACUCACCCGCGAGACAAAUCUGGGGCCUGCCCAGCAACCCGGACACCACAAAGCCAGACCCCAGAGAGCUGGGUUACCAUGGAAACUGCACUGACAGCGGGUCUCGGGCAGAGCUGUUUGAAAGCUCUGGGAAAGACCGGGAUGGGCCGGACCUCUGGAGGAACGAGGGGUCCCAGAAGAAGGAUUCGGGGAUCCAGCCGCAGUGGUCCGACACGGGGGCCACCCGCGCGGCCGGCCGGCCAGCUGAAUCCGGCACCAGACCCCCAACGAGGAGGAGCGGGCCCAUCAAGAAGCCGGUGCUGAAGGCACUGAAGGUGGAGGACAAGGAGAACGAGAAGCCGAAAGCGGAGGCGGAGGAGCGGCCUGUGCCCUACCGCCUGGUGGAGAAGGAGCCUCCGCUCGAUGCGUACGACCUGAAGAAGGACAGCGUCCUGCCCAGCAAGCCCCCCGCCGUCCCGGCCGAAGACAGAGCCCUCGCCCCUCCGCGGGGGGAGAGGUGCGACAGUCCCGCCGACGACGCCCUCAGGGAGGCCCCGCCCAGAGAGAGCCGGGGCAGCUGGGACCCCCCUGCCCCGCGCCGAAACAACUGGAUCUUCAUUGACGAAGAGCAGGCGUUUGGCGGGAGCCGGGUGGCGGCCCGCGGCCGGGGGAGGGGCUUCAGGGAGUUCGGCGUGCGGGGUGGCGGGAGAGGGGGGCGGGGCGGGUACGGCACGGGGGGGCGGGGGCGGGGCAUGAGGGAGGUGGCCCGGCCCGAGGACGCUCUCAGGGGUAAACCACGGCGGCGCAACGUCAGUGAGACGCUGAGCGAGGCGUCUGAGUAUGAGGAGCUGCCUAAACGCCGGCGGCAGAGAGCCAGCGAGCUCCCUGAAACUGUCCCGCCCGCCGCACCCCGCAAGCCCGACAGCAGGGACUCGUGGAGGUCCAACAAGGUGUACACUGACCACCAGGGAGGCGCUGCCGAGACCCGAGACAAGGCUCGCGCUGGCCGGGUCUUCGGGCGCUCUCUGCCCCCACGCCUCACCAACGCCAGCACGGGGUACGGCCGGGGGUUCGGCAGCCGGGACACGCCCGCAUGGAGGGGCAGAGGGGUGCAGUUUGGGGGUGGGCCCGUGCAGGAGAAUGGGCUCAGCGCGGGGGCGGAGGGGUUCUACAGACGGUCGACAGAGAGGUACAGCCCUGCCUUCCUGGAGAACGGGCUGGAGGAGCGGGGGGGUGAGGGAGAGCUGUAUCCUGACAGCGACACCCCCGACAGCCGGCCCCUGCGCCGCCGCCGCCCUCCCCGGCAGGACAAGCCCCCCCGAUUCCGCCGGCAGCGGCCGGACCGGGAGGAGCGUUCCGCAGGGGACACAUCUAUGCCCUGGCCCGUUCGCCCCCACUCCGGGGGGAGGCCCUACGACUCGCCUGAUGGCUGGGACAGCGUUUCGGAGAGCUCGGCGAGGGGCGCGGGGGGUGGGGCGUACGGGGAGACGCCCCCAGACCUCGCGCAUGGCGAGCCGGGCUCCGGGGAAAGGAAGGAACUGGCAAAGCGCAGCUUCUCCAGCCAGCGCCCCCUGGUGGACCGGCAGAGCCGCAGAGGGGAUCCUGUCCCCGCUGACAGCCCGGUGACGGGGAUGCCGGCCGGCAGGAGCGAGGGCUGGCAGAGGACAGCGCCCCCUAGAGGCGCCAGGACUCCCGAGGAGGCUGAUGCAGGGCUGAGUUCGGGUUCGACCUACGGCCUGUCGGAGACUGAAGACUGCGCCCCCGGUGUCCUGGGGGAGCCUUUAGGGAAGAGGACGGAGAAGGAGCCCAAACCCGGGCUUCUGAAAGGGGAGCAGCUCGAACCCCUGUCCCAGUACGAGCGGAACGGGUACCUGUUGGAGGGGGGGCCAGGAGCCCCUGUGCUGGGGUCGGAGGGGCUCUCAGACGCCCUGUCCAAAAAGCAGCGGAGGCAGCAGGAAGAGGAGCGCCGAAAAAAUGAGCAGCAGGGGGCGCCGUUACCUGCCAAAAACCGGGUGAUCUCCUCAAAGAUGCCUCCACGUUUCGCCAAGAGGCAGGGCAGCGUUUCCCUGGAGCAGCCAGAGGAGGCGCUGUCCUCCAGCACCCUGGGCACUGAGAUCUGGGAGACCAGCACAGCAGCUCUGGCAGUGCAGUCCCCGGGCGUAGACUCCUGGACAAAGUCAGUGACGUACCCUGCAGCUGACCCUAACGCAGAGGUGUUUAAGGGGAGUCAGACGGACAGUGGUAUUGACCUGAGUGCUGAGUCUCAGGGCUCCUCCGCCAGCUCCUCCCAGAGGAGCUCCCCCUACGGCACCCUGAAACCCGACGACGCACCCAAAGACCUGCCGCCCAAGAGCGUGGACAAGAAGGAUUCGGAUGCCGGUCUGGACCAGAACAAAGAGCACAAGCCGGGUCCGAUCGGGAACGAGCGCUCUCUGAAACAGCGCAAGGGGUCAGAGGGCGUGGAGAGCCCCAUUGCCCCGGGCAGCGGCGUGGACAGCGUCAUCCCUGUCCCGCCCAUCGAGUUUGGCGUCAGCUCCAAGGAUGCCGACUUCAGCCUGCCCCCUGGCUCCGCCCCCAUGCCAGUCUCGAACCCGGUCAGCAAGCUGCAGGAUGCUCUGGCAGGCAACGCCAUUCCCAUCCUGAGGCGAGAUCAUCUGCAUCCUGCCAUCAGCCUCACCCCCAUCUCCUUCCCCAGCACCGACCUCACGCUCAAGAUGGAGUCGGCGCGGAAGGCCUGGGAGAACUCGCAGUCCCUCCCAGAGCAGGGCUCCCCAGGGGCCGCAGUUUCGGGGACCCAGCCCCCCUGCAGCGCCGGGUCCUCCAGCGGCGUCAGCUACAGCUCCUUCGGGGGCGUGUCCAUGGCCCCCAUGCCCGUGGCGUCGGUCGCCCCGUCCGUCUCCAUGCCAGGUAACCACAUCCCUCCUCUGUACCUGGACGGGCAUGUGUUUCCCAGCCAGCCACGCCUGGUGCAGCCCACCAUGACUCAGCAGAGCUACCAGCAGGUCCCCAUCUCCCUGCACACCUCUCUGCAGGCUCAGGCUCAGCUGGGCCUGCGGGGGGGGCCCGUCUCCCAGUCCCAGGACAUGUUCAACUCUAUGCCCCCUUUCAGGUCCCAGGUGUACAUGCACCCGAACCUGUCUCAGCCGAGCCCCAUGGUGCUGUCAGGGGCCGGGCCCCUGAAGGGCCCGUACUCGGCCUUCCCCGGGAUGCAGCACUCGGACCUGGUGAAGCCCCAGUCCGGCUCACACUACCAGGCCAUGGGCAGCAGCCAGCCCCUGGUGUACGACGGCCAGAUGAGCCAGGCUGCGGGCAUGGGCACCUCCCAGCUCAUGGACUCCCAGCUCAUCCAGGUGACCAUGCCCCUUCCGGGUUCACAGCUGCGGUACGGCUCGGCCCAGCAGCACCUCAUCCUCCCUCAGUCCAUCCAGCUGCAGCAGGGCCAGAACCUGCCCGUCGGCGCCCCCCGCAGGGUGCUCCCACCCGCCUCCCAGCCCCCGGUCAUGGCGGGACACAGGGAGACUUCCCAGAUGGAAAUGAAGGGCUUCCAGUUUGCAGAUAAACCUGCUCACUCACCAGGCUCCGCCCCCAACCCAAACUCUUACAGGCCUGGAUCCACCAGUCCCAGUGGGAAGCCCUCUGCACCAAGACACUACCCCCAGCAGGUGGCCCCCCCACAGGGCAGCAUGAUGAUGCACAUGCGUCCCCCCACCUCCAGCCCAUUCCCCAACCCCAUUCAGCGCCCCGUCCUUCAGGUCAGCAAGCCAGUCACCAUCUGCAGCUCCGAACCGCCCCCUUCCACCCCCCCCUGCGCCCCUGACCCCCUCCCCGCCGGCCCAGAGGAGGCCAUGAAGACCAAGGCCCCGCGGGACGUCCUGCCGGCCGAGGGGAAGGGCCCUUCGGGGGGGCUCUCUGCGAAGCUCCAGGAGCCGCCCCCCGGACAGAUCAAGCCGUCCCGCUCUGGAACCAUCAAGCCUCAGUCCGUCAAAGUGGAGCAGGGCAAGGCCUAACCCGGGUGCCCUCUGAUAUCACGAAGUAUACCCCCACCCCCCGAAGCCCCACCCCAUCUGAAACCCUGCCCCCCAUCCUCACGCCGUGCCCUUCUCAGGCAUCACCGUGGGGAGAGGAAGCCCCCUGAUACACAAAUACUUAAAAUCAGAUACUGUAU